AUCAAACACUUACAACUUUCAGCAAGAGGGACUGUCUGUACACUUUUUGGUAAAACAACACCCCAACUGCUCUUUCCAAACAGGGAAAUAGAGUGAAUACCCAGAAGAAGACAGAAAGGAAUUUGAUAUCCGCAUCGGCAACUUCUACUAAGUUGACUUGGGCAUUUUCUGGAGACUCUUCAUGUUUACAGUUGGAGCUUGGAGCUGACUUCCUGAAAACUGCCCCAUAGAGAGGGAACCUUUGUGAAAAGCAGCGCAGAGGCCUGUUCAACGACCUUAUUGGAGGCUGCAUGAAAAUAACAUGAUGGCUAGAAGAUCCAUCAUUGUCGUGUUACUUCUUGCAAUAUGUUGCUUAGUAUCUGCAGGGCCCUUGUUCCGCAGCCCAUGUGAGUUGCUGCCGGUGGGAGUGGGACACCCAGUGCAGGCCAUGUUGAAGAGCUUCACCGUUCAGGCAGGUUGUUCAAGCAGGGGCACCACCAGCCUCCCCCAGGAGGUCCACAUCAUCAACCUGAGAGGACAUGCCCCUGAGACUCCAGACAACACCCCAGCAGAGGUUGAGCUGCAUCUGAAACCCAUCCAGUCUCUGCUGCGCCACCAUAAACCCCUGGUCUUCGUGCUCAACUCCCCCCAACCACUGAUCUGGAAGAUCAAGACAGAGAACCUGGCCCCAGGCAUCAAACGUACCUUUCAUGUAUCCGAAGGAUCAGAAGUUCACUUCCCCCUCUCCUGUCAAAUCCAAACGGAGACCCUUCCCCAUGGCAACGAGCACCUCCUUAACUGGGCCCAGAAGAAGUACGGGGCAGUCACCUCUUUCUCUGUGCUCAGGAUGACUCAAGACAUCUACAUCAAAGUAGGAGAAGAUCCAGUGUUUUCUGACACCUGCAAGAUAGACACCAAGUUUCUGUCUCUGAACUACCUGGGUGGCUACGUGGAGCCACAGUCAUCAAAAGGUUGUGUUCUCUCUGGUCCUGACAAAGAUCGAGAUGUCCACAUCAUUGAACUUCAAGCUCCAAACUCCAGCAGUGCUUUCCAGGUGGAUGUCAUAGUGGAUCUGCGGCCUCUGGAGGACGAUGCCCCCCUUCAUCGUGAUGUUGUCUUGCUGCUCAAGUGUGUUAAGUCUGUCAACUGGGUCAUCAAGGCCCACAAAGUGAUUGGCAAGCUGGAUAUAGUGGCCUCUGAUACCGUGAGUGUUAGUGCAAAUACGGAGAGACUGAUGCAAGUGUCAAAGUCACCCAAGCAGCCCUUGCCGCUGGGGUCACAAGCUCUGAUCAAGUGGGCUGAAGAGCAUGGCUAUAGCCCAGUCACUUCUUACACCAGUACUGCUGUGGCCAACCUAUUCAACCUCCGACUGAGGGAACAAGAUGUAGUGGAUCCUCUGGAGAGUAUGUUACCUCCUGAGCUGUCUAUCCUUCGUGAGUCUGGUCCCCAUCCAAGACCUGGCACAGCUUCACGGCGCUCGAGUCUGCCCUUCCCCUUUCUUCCAUCUGGGCCUCAGGACCUACCCCACCUGCCACUGCCCUCUGCCCUCGAUGACCGACCCUGGGAAAAUGAUGGGCCCGAGGAAGUACAGGGGGUUCUCAGUGUCGGCCUCAAUGUGCAGUGUGAAGACACAAAGAUGGUGGUCAGCAUCGACAAAGAGAGCCUGAAAGCAAAUGGGUUUUCUAAUGCCAGCCUUACGCUCCAAGACCCAGAAUGCAAAGCAACAGCCAAUGCCACCCACUACACACUGGAGACUCCUCUGACUGGUUGUCAGACUACCAUAUAUCCCAUGCAGGGUAGCUCAGUGGCCCUCAACUCUGUCUUGGUAAGUCAUGCUGAGACCAAAGAUGGGAGUGGUGGGCCUGUGGAUGAUGAGGACCUAGAAUCUGGAGAUGUGCUGUUCCCAAGGGAACCAGUGGAUUUAGAGAGGCCGCCCACAGAGCACCAGUCUGUCAUCAUGUUCAACUGCACUUACCAAAAGAACGAGGAAACCUCAGAACCAGUUCCCAGGAUUGUACCGGGACCAGCCAGGCAGCCAGGCGACAAUAUGACGUUUAACAUGGAGCUGUAUAGUACAAUGCCGUUCGACAACCCUUCACGGCAGGCUUUCUAUACUGUUUCACAAAAUCAGCAAGUCUUUGUACAGGUCACAUCAACCACAUCGGAUCCGGAUCUGGGGUUCACAGUGGUGUCAUGCUUCAUCUCUCCUGACCCCAACCCCAGCAUUCCCUCCGACUACACUCUCAUUGAGACGGUCUGCCCCACAGACGACUCCAUCGAGUACUAUCCUCAGAGGGACCUCCCUAUCCCUCACACGCAGUUGGACAAGAAGACUUUCAGCUUCACCUUCAACUCAAAGUACAACAUGUCCCUUCUUUUCCUGCACUGUGAGAUAUCUCUGUGCUCCAAAAGAUCUCCAAGCAGACUCCCUGCGUGCUUAAAACCUAGUGAGAAAUGUGAUUCUCCAUCUGUGGAUAUAAUCCUGGCAAUGAUGAUGAACACCAAGACAUCUACAAAACCCCUGGUUGUGGUGGAUGGAACCAAUCAACUAGGCAUAACAGUUACUCCUGAACGUACACUGCCUCCAAGCCCACCGCACUCACCCAAUGACACCCCUCUGUAUGUGCUAGACACUCCAACCGUGGUGGGCAUUGCCUUUGCAGCCUUUGUGAUUGGGGCCCUGUUGACCGGAGCCCUGUGGUUUAUCUACUCUCACACAGGUGAGACAGCUGGCACACAGCAGGUCCAGAAGUCCCAGCCUGCCUCUGAAAACAGCAGCGCAGCACACAGCAUCGGCAGCACGCAAAGCACGCCAUGUUCCAGCAGCAGCACAGCGUAGCCCAGGGCGCCACAGCCCUGCAGUGGCACUUCACGGGCCCCGCCGGUUCACAGGGGCCAUUUGUUGACUCUAGUUCCCUUCAGUGAAGGGGACUGUCAGGAUACGAAAAAGAGGAAAAGAUUUAAAAAAAAAAAAAAGAAGAAGAAGAAAAACACCUUUAGUCCUUGUGUGCAACAGACAUAUAUUGUGUCUGGUGUUACCGGUGUUUGUGUGCUCCAGCCUGGCAGCCUCACUUCAUUUCUAGUAUCUGACACAACUACAAGAAACACAUGUGAGCUUAUUACAGUUUUUUUCUCAAAUCCAAAUGCUGCUUUCACUGAUCACAACACAGUCUUUUGUUUUGACCUUAAAAGGUUUGAUUUAGGCUGUAAUCAACAACAUGUAGGUCCAGCAAAGAGAGGCAGUACGGCUCUUUACCACAGUGAUGUCAGUACAAAUCAGCAACGUGUUGAUGUGUGUCCAUGCGCUGCUUCGACAUGGACUGUAUCAUGUUACUUUAAGACAUGCAACCCUCAUGGUGGCAAAGGAGCAAAACAACCACUAACAAUCGGACAGAAGUGUGAGGAGUGGAGGUCAUUGUCUGUGACAUACAGACUUUAAAGAUGAAAACCAGUGUAGGUAUUGAAUGUAUACAGAAGAAAAUAUGCCAAAAAAUGUGAAAGAUAAAUGUGAAAUAUAUGGUGAUAAAAUGCCACAUUUUAUAAUAUCAUUUCAGUCAUAACUUCAUAAUGAAUUAAUACACAUGUUGGCAAACAUAUUUUCCAUAAUAAUAUAGUAGUGCAUUUCAGUACGACUAUUUUCUUAAAUGUUAUACAACUUUAAAGGGGCAUUAUGGUCCCCUUUUAAUAAAUAGACAGAUUUUGUACAAGGAAUUGUUUAACAUUUUGGGAAUGGUGUUCAUUCAGAAGAACAGUUCAACAUUUGUCAACUGAAAAGUCACAAACCAUCUUUUUUUUUUCUUUAUGUGUACAGGUAAAAACAAAGGCAUCUAGUAAUAAUGUAAUUUCUAGUCUUUAUGCUAAGCUAGGCUAACAACCUCAUUCAUCUGACUUGCAAAAAGACCAACAAGUGAACAUAAUUCCCAAAAUGUUGAACCAGUCCCUUCAGACGUGUAUAUUUUUUGUGAAUAUUGUAAAUAGCCAGAUAUGCUAUGAGGCAAUAUGUGUUGAGAUUCUGCUUUUGUACUUGUGGAUUACAGAUUCAACAUAUAUAUAUAUUUUUUUCCGGUUACUGAUUUUCCUAGUGAUGAAACGUGAAGCUCAUUGUCAGGGACAUACAGUAUAGAAACUGUUUGCCAGUGUGUACUUCAAACUGCACCCCACCAUUUUAGAAUAAUAUGAAUGUUUGCUGUAGCGCCCUGUGCGUUCUUAAUCCGACUGGGUUUGUUUCCCUGUUACCAUGGUAACCACAUGUUUCGUAAGAAGAAACAAGAGAAACAGAAUAGAAUGUACAUUAUCUCAAAGCUUUUGCCUUCCUUUCCUCAUGUACACAUGUAUAAAGCUUUUACAGAGGGAACAGAGUAUAAUUAUAUAUAUUUGUGUAUAAAAAAUAUAUUUUGGAAUAUAUCUACCCAGAGAACUUUAUUGCUUUUUGUUGUGUGUUAUUACUGUGAAUUCUGGAUGUGCUCAUAUACAAAACACAUGGUUGUUGGGGAUUUCUAAAUUUGAGUCACAAGUGAAAGAUAAAUAUGCAUCAUAUCAUAUUUUUUCUGCUAUACUGAAUCACACAAAAAUGUUUCUACAAAAAUUUUUACAAUAGAAUUUUAAGGAUUCCGCUGGUUUGUAUUAAUCUUAAAUGUAAUGUAGUGUGUAAUGUAAUGUAGUUUUAUGUGUCAGUGGCUUAAGAAUGUGUCAUAAGCAUUACCUCUACCUAAUAUUUGGGUGGAAUUCAUGAUUCCUCUGCCUCAGUAUUGAAGAUCAGUCACUAUUUUGCUUAAAGAAUGUCUUUACUAAACUGUUUUUGAUGGCGUAUGACCAUGUAGAAGUAAUAUAUUUGAAUACACAUCUAAAAUACACAUUUUAUAGUACUGAUGAUAAGCUAUAGCAGUGAAUAUGAACUAUAUCUUGGAUUAGAUUGUUGCAGCUAGAUUUAAUUCCACAUGAGCUCAGUCUUCUGGCUCAAUUAUCUGCCACUUCCCAUCAACCUGAUCAUGUUGUCCGUCUGUCGUCAUGACAACAUUUGCCCCAUAAAGUAAUGAGCGGUCAUGUUUGACUGUUGUCGACAGCGGUUACACAAAAUUUGCAAAUGGAAUAUAUGAUAAGUUUGUUACUAUUUAGCAUGAAAAGAAGAUGGAGGAAAUCCAGCUGUGUGUUUACUGUCUUGCUGGAAACUCAUUGGAAACAUUUUUUAUUGAGCUGCAUUAGAAGCACUUGGUUUGAGAGCAACAUUAGAACUUGUUUGUUUGAUCAGGCCUCUUGCCAGAUGGCUUCAGCCAAAACCCAUCGGAGCCCUUUGUUUAGUAAAGCACCCCUUCAUACAGCAGUGAUAGACAGUGUAGCGCUGCUGUUAUCAAGCACCGUUACUGGGAACAACAACAGCACUCGAUACUGAAAAGACUUGUGUUGCACAGUCAAGAUCUGCUGCAGCCUAUAAUCAGGGGCCACUGUGGAAUUAUGGUUUUCUAACAUUCCUGUAGUAUUGCGAUUUCUCUUAUCAACUGUGGCAAAUCCAUCUCUGCUAUGUAAUUAUCCUCUCCGCCCCCCUCGUGUGUUGCGCUGUUAAUCGGUUCAACCUCCACUUAUAUUCUGGAUCUAAUCUUCUCAUUUGCGAUAAUUGGAGGAUACUAUUUCGCUCAAUACCCAAUACAUCUUCAAAUAUCAACAUUCCUCCUUUAAGAUUUGGGAUCACAUUUUUCAAGUUGUCAGUGUCCUCCCAGUGCAUGCUGGGAAAGACCACUUCCCUAUGAUUUCCCAGUAUGUUUUCCAUAUAAACUAAUGUUGCUGUGUAAUGUUAAAGGAGCGUUAUUACACUUAGUGUGCCUGUCACAGUAUGACUCAUACUUAAUGCUGAACUGAAACAGCUGUAUUGGAGCACAAAUCCAUCUAACUAGUUAUUAACAGCAUUUUUUAAAAACCAUUUGACUACCUCAUGUUUUCUACGAAUGUGUUUUUUGUGUGUCUGAGUGAGUUUUGUUUGU